AUGGGAGGGCUGGCCUUGGCGCUGGUGGCGGCCGUGCUGGCUGCGGCGUCGCCGGCCACCUUCGCUGCGGAAACCGUGGGGCCGGUCUGCACUGGGCUGGCUGAGCAGAUGGGCGUGGAGCCAUCCCUGGUCGGCGCCUUCAUUGGCAGCCUGCCGGAGCCGCCGUCUCGCUCCUUCUGCUCCUGGCUCACCCAGAACCAGACGCGGCAGCAGGCAUGCGACUUCCUGGCGCUCAUAGACUUGGGCCUGACAGAUGGCGGCAACCACGAGCCGCCACGCUGCGGCAGCCCCAGCACCACCUCUCUGGACCAGGCGAGCAGGGCUGAUGGGAAGGGCGGGGCCUUAGCCGAGCAGCAUAUGCCGGGAUCGGGGGUGCUGACUGCGCUCAGGGACGCCAGGCCGCUGCCACCCGAGUUUGAGGACGCCGCCGCGGUGUUUGCCGAGGAGGGCGCCACCUACUUUCAGCUGUUCCGCUUCUCCCGGAACGCCUAUGUCUACGCCCCCUGCUCGCCCCAGCCCAACGCCAGCCUGCCGCUGCCUCCGGGCUGGAGCCUGGAGGCCACGGGAGAUCUGGCGCAGGCCAGCGGCCCGCCUCUCCCCAUGCUGUUUGUGUUGCACAACAACCAAACCAAUCAGGUUCUGCUGGUUGUGCGGAGCACUGUGGGCAGCUACGAGUGGACGAAGAACUUCGAGUAUAACCAGGUGGGGCCCAUGCACACAGCCGACCCCGAGAUCCAGGCUAUCUUUGGCGGCAACGUGUCCUUUGGCUUCGCCUCCAUCUUCCAGGAGAUCUGGCCCGCGGCGCAGGCGGCCCUGGAUGCGCUGGUGGUGGACAGCGGCGGCCCGCCGCCUGAGGUGUGGGUGACGGGGCACUCGCUGGGCGCCGGCAUCGGCACCAUGGUGGCCUUUGCGGCGGCAGACUAUCUGGCUGCAUCCAUGGGCCCUGACGAGGCCCCCGUGGUGCAAGCGGUGCUGUUUGCGCCGCCCCAGGUGGGUGACUCCUCCUUUGUGGAUGCCUACAACCAGCUGGUGAACGGCCGGAUGGUCGAUUACGCCGACGACAUCAUCAACCAAGUGCCCUGCGACCCGCUCAUGCCCGCCUGCCCCGCCACGCCCUCCGGCAUCCUGGGCUCGGUGGGUGUCAAGGGCACGGCCACAGACCAAGGCAACGUCACAUCCUGGCCGUACGGCACAGUGGGGGGCGAGCUGGUGUUCCUCCCAGAGGACCUGCCACAGGCAAGGGAGCCACCGCCCUGUGCCGUGAGUGAUGAGCCGCCCCUGUGGAUGGCUGCCCAGCAGCGCUCUGGGAUGCAGCUGUGCAGCUGGCAGCUCUACAUGUGCUACCUGUCCUCCUUCUCUGCCAACCCCGAUGAGCGCGACCAGUACUGCUGGCUGAGCCCGCAGCCCGCCGGCACGCCAGGCUCCCAGUGCCCCAUCUUCCCCAACGCCUGGCUGACCGAGGGGGCGCCAGUGUUCGGCCCCGGCACCAGCCCCAGCGCUGCCACGGCCCCGCCGCCCGACCAGGAGGCCGCAGCCCCGCCUCCUAUUGUCGCCGCCACCAGUGCUGCCGCACCUGGCGCUGCGCCGCUGACUGCCCUGUCCGCGCUCGUCUUCAUGUUGGCGGUGCUGCUGCUUGGCUGA